AGACUUUGAUACACCAACCCCUAAGGGCUGCUCUGUAACAGACACUACCUCCCCACCUCAGUACGUAUCUGGUCACCAUGAGACUGGUACUACCCAACCCGGGACUGGAUCUGCGUAUCCCUAACCAUGAAGAUCUGGACCGGAUGGAGAAGGAGGAGGCUGGUGACAGGCUCAAGUGGGACAACAAAGCCCAGUACAUCCUCACCUGUGUGGGAUUCUGCAUCGGGCUUGGUAACGUGUGGAGAUUCCCUUACUUGUGCCAAAGUCAUGGAGGAGGUGCCUUUUUGAUCCCCUACCUGAUUCUGCUGGUGCUGGAGGGAAUGCCUCUCCUGCUACUGGAGUUUGCCAUCGGUCAGCGUCUGAGGAAAGGCAGCGUGGGAGUGUGGCGAUCCAUCAGCCCGUAUCUGACCGGUAUCGGCAUAGCCUCCAUGCUGGUGUCCUUUUUGGUUGCGCUGUACUACAACACCUUAAUAGCCUGGAUUAUGUGGUAUUUUUUCAACUCCUUUCAAAGCCCACUGCCUUGGACUCAGUGUCCUCUCAAUGAAAACGGGACAGGAUUUGUACCUGAGUGUCAAGAGAGCUCCACUGUGGAUUACUUCUUCUACCGAGUGACACUGAACAGUUCGCAGUCUAUCGCUGACUCGGGAGAAAUCCAGUGGGCCAUUGUUGUCUGCCUGUUAGCUGCCUGGACAGUUGUCGCCAUCUGCUGUAUAAGAGGAAUUAGUACAACAGGCAAGGCAGUCUAUGUCACUGCGAUCCUGCCGUACAUAGUGCUGGGCAUCUUCCUGGUCAGAGGAUUGAGUCUUAAAGGAGCCCUAAGUGGACUCAAAUUCCUCUUCACACCAGACGUGGACGAGUUGAUUAACCCGACAACUUGGUUGGAUGCAGGUGCCCAGGUCUUUUACUCGUUUGGUUUAGCAUGGGGAGGCCUCAUUUCUUUCUCCAGCUACAACCCUGUUCAUAACAACUGCGAGCAAGAUGCUGUGAUCCUGUCUGUAGUAACUGGUCUAACCUCAGUCUAUGCUGCCACAGUCACGUACUCCAUCAUUGGAUUUAGGGCCACUGAAAAGUAUGACAACUGUAUCAGUGGGAACAUCGUGACAUUAUUAAACGCGUUUGAUCUCUCUGAAGAUAACAUCACCACAACCAACUAUGAGGACACACUGAAUCACCUUAACAGCGUUUACCCUAACGUCGUUCAAGGACUGGAUAUCAAAGAGUGUGACAUGCAGAAACUUCUCAGUGAGGGAGUGGAGGGAACAGGUCUGGCCUUUAUUGUGUUUACAGAAGCCAUCACUAAGAUGCCCGGUUCCCCAAUCUGGUCUGUUCUCUUUUUUCUGAUGCUUUUCUGUUUGGGGCUCUCAACACUGUUUGGCAACAUUGAGGGAGUGGUGGUCCCCUUGAAAGACUUGAAUGUGUUCCCUAAAAAAUGGCCCCACGAAGUAGUGACUGGAAUCACUUGCGCCGUGGCCUUCGUCAUCUGCCUCCUGUUUGCACAGCAGUCAGGGCUUUACUGGGUGACCGUUUUUGACACCUUUGCUGGAUCUGUUCCACUUCUGACCGUUGGGUUGUUUGAGAUGGUCGCUAUUGUUUACGUUUACGGCAUAGACAGGUUCAAUGAGGAUAUUGUCUUCAUGAUUGGACACAAGCCCAAUAUCUUCUGGCAGGUCACAUGGAGGGUCGUUAGUCCUUUGAUUGUCCUAGUGAUCUUAAUUUUCUACCUGGUGACCAUAGCACAAAAAGAGCUUCGUUAUUUAGUCUGGGACUACAACUCUGAGGAGUUUCCAUCUCUGGCAUCAGUUCCAUUUCCUUCAUGGAUCAACGCAGUCAUAUUUCUUUUGGCAGGAGUCCCCAGUAUUACACUGCCUGUUUAUGCCUUGUGUAGACUGGUUUUUGUUUACUGCAAGAAAAGAAGUGAAAAAUGAGCCCACGAAUGACCUAAAAUGCAAUCCGAUCCAAUUUAUUUAUAAAAGCACAUUUAAAAACAAAGCAAAAACAACAGCAGUUGACCAAAGUGCUGUACAGUAGAAUUAUAAAAUUAAACAUAACUAAACAGAUGUGAAAACAAACAAACAAAUACAUAAAUACAAACAUAAAAGACAUAAAAGACAUGAGUAGACACGACAUCUCACCCAGAAAAGGCUGAACAACAGACUCACACCGUCUCAAAUGCAAAGGAGAACAGGUGAGCCUUUAAAAGAGAUUUAAACUUCAGCUUCAGCUGCCAUUUAGCUGCAACUGAGAGCAGCUGAUCUUAGAGACCAAGUGGGGCGGAACAAGACCAUUUAGACAUUUGUACACAAAUAUAAGGAUUGUAACGCACUGGGAGCCAAUGAAAGGAGGCCAGGGUGGGGGAGAUGUGCUCACGCCUCUGUGUCCUUUUUAAAAAGGGCGAGCGGCAAGUGAAGGGAAAGGAAAAUGGGAUGGAAAUGUUUGUUAUUGAAGUCAGAAUACAUCCAACCAGAAUCUAUAAAGUUCACUGAGGGUAGGUCACCAGUGCAUCACAGAACUGACACACAGAGGAAAAAAAGAACCAUUCACAUUCAUACAAAUGGUCCUUUUUGAUUCUCCAAGUAAUCUUAAUUCAAUCUACAUGUAUUUGGACUUCGGAGGGAAGCUGGAGAACCCAUGAGAAAAACCAUGCAGACAUAUGACGAUCAUGCAAACUCCACACAGAAAUGCCAGGAUUCCAACUGUACUGUACCAGCGCCGAUCCAUCACUGUGUCCCCACUACAAUAACAUGCAAGACGAUUUCAUUUGUCUUAUCAAACUAAAUAAACACUUCAAUGUUUGUUUA